CCUCCUUUGCGAUUCUCCUCAGCGCUGAGCCCGCCCUCUGCACGCUCUCAGCUGCCACUUCCGCUCUCGCUUUCCACCGUGCAAUAUGGCGGAGGASCCUGAAUCGGUGUUGCAACUCCCUUCAACUGCUGCUGCUGGCGGUGAAGGACUUACGGAUGUCUCCCCAGAAACAGCCACUCCAGAACCCCCAUCUUCUGCUGCAGUCUCUCCGGGUACAGAGGAGCCUUCAGGCGACACCAAGAAAAAAAUUGACAUCCUACUGAAGGCUGUGGGAGACACCCCUAUAAUGAAAACAAAGAAGUGGGCUGUAGAGCGAACCCGAACCAUCCAAGGACUCAUUGACUUCAUCAAGAAGUUCCUUAAACUUGUGGCCUCGGAACAGUUGUUUAUUUAUGUGAAUCAGUCCUUUGCUCCUUCCCCAGACCAGGAAGUCGGGACCCUCUAUGAGUGUUUUGGCAGUGAUGGUAAACUGGUCCUACAUUACUGCAAAUCUCAGGCCUGGGGAUGAGCCACAGAGAAAAACAGCUUGCUACUCAAGAUGAUGUUUUCACAGAGGAAACAGCUCCAUAAAGUUCUUAUGCUGUGACGAGACUUAACAGAUAUCAACUACUCAGCAUGUGUCUACUGUAACUCAUAUUUAUACAUAAGAAAACCUCUGUAGAGUGAAUAGACUAACAAAAAUAUGAUUUGUGUUAAUACACAAGUCUUCAUAAAAGAUUGACAUCACAGUA